AUGCGCAGAAACCUUUCACCGACGGCCUUUCCCCCGCCGCGGCGCCGCGAGGCGGACGGCUCCCGCUCUCUUAGCCCCGAAGCCGUCGAGGAGGGGCCGUGGGGCGGGGCCCGCGGCUGGGAGAGACACGAGGACGCCUACGCGCCGCACGCGGACUACGGGGCCGGGCGGCCGCGGGUGAGCGCGACGCUGCGGCCGCGGCCGGUGAAGGACGCGGGCCUGCAGAGGCUGUUGCGACGGCCCAGGCUGAGCAGCCGCCGGGGCUCCACACACCCCACCGACGGCGCCGGGCUGGAGGAACCGCGGCAGCAGCAGCGGCAGGAGCCGUCUUCGUCGCCCCACCGCGAGCAAAGGGGCGCAAUUGGGGCAGGGGACGAGGCGGGUGCGGGGCAGAGCGGCGGCGGGCGCCGCGGCUGGGGACGACAGCCGCCGUCGGGUGCGGCAGCCACGCCGUCGCCCCGGCCUUUGGUGGACGUGCGAGCCGCCUUUGGGCGCGUGAGCAGCAGCGCCGCCGCCGCCGCGGAGCCUCGUGACAGCCGCAACGCCUCCGCGGGAAACGGGGCGACAGCGAAGCUUGUCACGCCGCGGUCGGCAUCGCCGUUGUCGCCAUACGCGGCGGCGUCGCGCGACGUGGGCGCGGCCCGUGCGUCGGCAGGGCCGGACUGGGAGGCGGCCGCCGCCGCCGCCGGGACGACCCCGCCGCGCGUACUCGUUGAACAGCCCUUAGCCGAGGCCAGCACGCAGGACCGCUACCGCGGAUGGAAACCGUCGCCGUGCAGGAACGAAAACACCCUCACCAGUUCCGCGUGGGUCCCGGUGCACGGCACAGAUGGCUUCUCGGUGAUUCGCUCAACCACCCCCGGUGCUGAAGCGGCGGCGCAGUACGUGAAUCCCAAUGCCGCGGCCGAGCGCAUUCUUUACAUGCUGCUGCAACAAAAUGAGGACGCAGCUCCAGUGGCGCCUUCUCAGCCGAGCACAUGGAACAGCGAGAGAGGCGGAGUGAACAAGAGCAGCGAAAGCAGUCCGGCCCUCUUCCCCUCGGACGCUGUUGCACGACCGCGGCCCAGAUUGCAGGUGACGCCGCAGGAAAGCCGACUGCUACUUGGCUUUUUGCGGGAAAAGGACCGUGAGAUACUGCAGCUGCGUACUUCGCUGGCUAUUAGUUAUCGUUUUGCUGCCUACGCCGUGCAUCGGCAGUACCCAUGCAACCUGCCUGGCGUGUCCGCCGCGACGAUGUUGUCGCGCGGCUCGGACGCGGCGGGAGGCGGCGUCAAGGACAGGAAGUCAGAUCCAAUGCCCUGGGUGAAUCGGGCACCCCCGCACAUCCAUGGUCUCCCCAACGUCCCGCUGCCGCUUGGCCUUGCCCACAGCGUGGGGCAGGUAUGUGGGGUGCUGUCUGUGAUGAAUGUAGAGGAUAUGUCCCGGAAGAAAAUACCGGCGCGUUUUUUUCUGGGUUCGUGGCGCACGUACUUUGUGGUGGCCGACGACCGUGGCCUGGCCAUCUACCGUAGUGAGGAGGAUUACAGGCAGCACGCGUUCCAGCGGGUCCUGGUGGUGGUGCCUUUUAGGGACAUGGAGUUUUUCUUGCCCUCGUUCCGCGACGUGUCCACGGUGGAUGAGGACCUGCUCGACGUGGAUGCCCUGGCGGAUGCCCCGCAUGUCCGGCAGGCGGGCGGCGGCGGCGGCAGCAGCGGCGGCCUUUUUUCCGCCCUCCUUCGGAAGGCCGGGGGGCCCAAGGGGGAACCUGCGCUGACGCGUAGGGAACCCGGGGCCGUGGCGGCCACCAACGACGACGAGGAACGCAGCAGCAGCAGUAAGGCGGCGGCGGCGGCGGAUUCGCAGUCGGGCGGCGGCAGGGCCUCGCUGUACAUGCGGCGCAGGCGGCCUGACCGGUAUGAUCAGCUGAUGACCCGCAUUGCCAUUGAGCACGCCGGGGAUAUAGCGCACGCGUACUUUGGCUUCAUCCCCAAGCAGCCCAGCACGCAGACGGGCAGCAAGGCGGUGAACCCACCUAUUCUCUUCCGCACGCAGAGCGCGCAGGAGCACCUGGAGUGGGCCCACUACUUCGCCCAAUGCUUCAACCGAAAGCUGUACCGUGAGAUGUUCCCCACCGCCGUGGCGGAAGCGUAUGCGGGACAAGCCUCAAAGGAGACCCAAACCGCGUCAGACACCGCAGAGCCCGCGCCCUUAGAGCGCCGCGCAGCCAACGACGAGCAGGAGGGAAAAGGCACGAGGUCCACGGUUGCAUCCGAGGAGGUCAUGGCCGUGGCUCCCUGCGCUGCGGCGGCGUCGCAGACGACCCCGCGUGAGCAAAAGGACGCGGCCACCAACACCGAGGAGGCGCGGUGCGGGGAGGGGGGGGCCCUCGCAGUCACCCCUCCACCGCCGCCCACUGCCCCGCCGAAGCGCAGCGUCAUCGGCGGCGCGGAGGUGACUGAAGUUGUUUACCACGCUGUAGAAGAGCCGCCGCGCGGGUCUGCGGUGAACACGAAGGAGGUGGCAACGAUGGUGGACGUGCCUGCAGAGGAGGCCGGCGCCGACCACGCGCCGUGGGGGGAGCUUGUCACGGAGCUGCGGGGGAUGCUGGAGAGCAGAACCGCGGAACUCCAAGCAGUUGAGCAGGAGUCUGAGGAGUUGCGCCUUCGCGUGCGGCAGCUGACACAGGAACUGCGGCAGUUGAACAGUGACCGUGACAACCUCCGCAAGGAGGCGGAGGAGGUGCAUGCGACGUGUGACGCGGAGGCACGACGGGCCCAGGACGCAGAAAGGGACCUCCAGCUGGCUCGGGAGGCUGCACGCGCAGCGGAGGCAGCCAGGCAGGAGGCCGUGACGCGCGAAAAAGGCAAGGCCGCACGCGUCAAGAAGCUGGAGGAGGAGAUGGCAUGCAUGCAGCACGAACAGGCGGUACUCGCGGCGGAGCUGCUGGCCCUGAAGGACGGCUACAGUGAAGGGCUGCGCUGCCUGGCAAAAAAGGCUCUCGGAGACAUUGACCAGAUGCACGAUGUCCUCACUGCGGGGGAGUACCUUGCUGCACUGCGGGGAGGCGACGGCGGACCGCCACGCACGGGCGACGCGAGCUUCAGUAGCGAGAGCUCGGAGGAAGCCAGCAGCCACCAUACGCUGAGCCCCCAGCGGCACCGGGCGCAGCUUCUGCAUGCACCGCCACCCGCCGCCUCGUUGCGGCAGCCUCCCUCCGCGUCUCCGCGGCAGGGGAGGAAGAAGCAGCAGCGGAGGCCCAAGCUGCCCCACGCAGCCUCACAAAACUCGAGUGUGCAGGAACACAGCUCUGCAUCGAAGGCAACGCCAAACGCGCGCGCGCCUGCGGACGCAGCUGGAGGAGCCCUGGGACUUGCCAUGCUGCUGAUUUCCUUUGUGCCCCACCAGCUGGCUAUUGACGGGUGCUUCACCGUGGACGAGUCGCAGGCACGUCUGUUGCGGAGCGGCCCGUCGGCGACGCGGCGCGGGCGAGAGUGGGUGAUGCUGCACCACGACACCAACGCCGUCUUCGCCGUGACGGCGGAGCUGCAGCCUGAAAAAGAGUCCCGCCGCAGGGCAGCGAGUAAAUCCCCGGCAGUUUGCCCCGGCAGCUCGCGACCGUCACGCGAGCGGCUUCCUCGCGCAGUUGCCGGGGCGAAAUCCGCUGCGCGCACAGCACCACCACCUACGGAGGAGGAGUAG